AUGGCGCAGAUUCGCGGCACUGCGGGAUACAAUCUCGGUCACCAGAACCCCUUUGGGGGUCCGGGACGAGCCGAUGCUACCAACGACCCUAGCCCCUUGGAUGCCAUCCGUGAACAGACCAGCAAGAUCGAGGACUGGCUGGACACCAUGUCGGACCCGGUGAAGCCGUACCUACCCGCCAUUGGUCGCUUCCUGAUUGUCGUCACCUUCAUUGAGGACAGUCUACGCAUGAUCACGCAAUGGAGCGACCAGCUUCUGUAUCUGAGUGACUACCGGAAAAUUCCCUGGGGAAUCACGCACACCUUCCUCAUCGUCAACAUCAUCGCCAUGUCGAUAUGCUCGUUCCUCGUCAUCGCCCGCAAGCACACCGAGAUCGCCGUCGCCGGUCUCCUCGGCGUCGUCGUCACCCAGGGUCUCGGAUAUGGUCUCAUCUUCGACCUCAACUUCUUCCUGCGCAACCUGAGCGUCGUCGGCGGUCUCCUAAUGGUUCUCUCGGACUCGUGGGUCCGCAAGAAGUUCGUGCCUGCCGGUCUGCCCCAGCUGGAUGAGAAGGACCGCAAGAUGUACGUCCAGUUUGCUGGUCGCGUGCUCCUCAUCUUCCUCUUCCUGGGUUUCAUCAUGACUGGCCAGUGGAGCCUGUGGCGCGUCAUUGUCAGCCUGUUCGGUCUCGUCGCUUGCGUCAUGGUCGUUGUUGGAUUCAAGGCCAAGUGGAGCGCCAUCAUGCUGGUUGUGCUGCUGAGCGUGUUCAACGUGCUCGUCAACAACUUCUGGACGCUCCACCCCCACCACCCCCACAAGGAUUUUGCCAAGUACGAUUUCUUCCAGAUCCUGUCCAUUGUCGGCGGUCUGCUCCUCCUGGUCAACAUGGGCCCCGGCCAACUGAGCAUGGACGAGAAGAAGAAGGUCUACUAA